AUGCAUUCCUCCAUCCUCGCCGUCCUCUCCCUCGCUGCGCUCGCAGCUGCUCAGGAUAUCCCAGCGUGCGCGGAAACCUGCCUCGCGACCGUCAUCACUACUGGCAACAGCACUUGCGCAGUGACGGACAUCGCGUGCUUCUGCGAUGACCCGACGUUCCUUUCCGACACCCUCGCCUGCCUCCAAACCACCUGCUCAGCCUCCGACCUCCAAACGGCAAUCCAAGCCGCCCAAGCCGAGUGUGCCGCCGCAGGCGUAUCCGUCAACCCCGCGCAGGUGACUCCCGCUUCCGGCUCUGGGAACUCGACCGGUGCAAGUUCGUCUCCUACGGCCGGUUCGGCCAGUGGGAGCCCGUCUCUUUCGGCCAAUAGCAGCUCGUCUGCAAGUAGCAGCAGCAGUGGAUCUUCUACUUCUCAGUCGCCCUCCAGUAGCCCGACCAAGUCCAGCGCGGCGAUGCUCGGGGCUUCGGUCGACGGCGUGUGGGGAGCGCUCCUUGCCUUUGCUGGGAUUGCGUUUACCCUCUAAGAUCUGAAAAGGUUGAGGUGCAUCGGUUACUAGCUAGGGACAUGUACGCGUGCAUGUGUGGAAGGACGACACUUGGUUGGACGGGUGGAUUGAUACAUGGAAUGAGACUCGCAGACUUGAUAUUGUGCUUCGAUAAUUAUUUAUACAUUUUCAGACGA